AUGUUCGGUACGUCGAUGUUUGCGACGACGAUGUUCAAUAAGUUCAAGGAAGAAUAUUUUUUCACGGGCGAGGACUGCAGGUUAGCGUUGAACCUCUUCUGCUGCAUCUACGGCAUCGGGACGCUUGGCAUGCCCGGCAACUUUGCUCGCGCCGGUCCAACGAUCGCCGUCAUCACCAUGGCGUUCAUGGCGUUUGCCAACAUUUACUCGUCCGUUGUCUUGUCCAAGGUCAUGCUGCUCGCCCCAAACUCCGUCAAGACUUUUGGCGACCUUGGCCAGUGGAGUAUGGGUGCUACUGGUCGCUGGUUGUGCAUCAUCACUCAAAUGGUAUCUUGUCUCCUCAUCCCGUGCGAUUUCCUCGUGCUUGGCGGUCAUCUGCUUGACGGGCUCUUCGUAGACGCAUUCAAUCAGACAACGUGGAUCGUUUUCAUGGCUCUCAUGGUUCUACCGGUAUGUCUCGUGCCAACGCUGAAGGAAGGCUCAGGUGCCGCGUUUGCUGGCUGUCUGGGCACGAUCGUCGCCGACUUUAUCGGUGUGGCAGUCGUGAUGCACGGGAUGCGAGGACACCCAAGUGUGCCUUUUCCGGGCCUCCGAUUCUCCCAAGUCGUGGGCGCCUUCGGCAACCUCGCGCUUGCCUACGGUGCUGGGAUCGUCAUUCCGGACUUGCAACGACAACACAGCGAUCCUGCACGCAUGCCUCGAGUUGUGGGUGUGACAGUUGCCUUUUCUUCGAUUUUGUUCCUCGUGGUCUCAAGCAUGGCAUACUCAGCUUUGGGGUGCCAGAUCUCGGGCAACCUGCUCUUCACUAUCUACCCGGACAGUGAUACAGGUUUGACGUCGCUUGGAUUCGAACCGGACUGGGGGUAUGUCGUGCUCGCCUACCUGUUCAUGCAACUUCACGUGACAAUCGCGUUUUCUGUCAUUCUGAACCCAGCCUUCUACAUCUGCGAGCGGUUGUUCUUGGGCAUGCACAAGAGCGUGCCUGAGUACAUCGGCAGUGAGUUUGAUUACGAGGAGAACGGACCCAGUGGCGAUGUGCUGUUUGCUAAUGCUGCCUCCUCGGACCGUCAGUCGCAGCUCCAAUCGAAUUGCCAGUCGAAUUGCCGUUCCAAGACGUCCCACCUGUCGGUGAUCGACUCCAGACGUUUGUAUAAGGAGAUUGAGGACGUUGAAGCUGCCGAGUACUCUGCCAACCUCAUCAACUUCAUUGCACUCCGGAUGGUCAUUAUUGCUAUUCUCGUCGGUCUCGCAAUUAUUUUCAAGGACCAUUUCACCGAGUUUGCCGACAUUGUCGGUGCCUCGUGUAUCACGAUAAGCUGCAUCCUACUUCCGAUCAUCUUUUACCUCAUCAAGGCGUGGGACCGCAUUCCGUUGUACGAGAGUGUAGCUGCAAUCACCGUCGUAGUGGUCUGCUUCAUCCUCGGGUGCUACGUUACCUUCACGACUGGCAAGGCUCUUUUCUCUGAAGUGCACGAGGACGGCGAGUUUCCAUUCUGCGAAGGCGAGUACAAACACCAAAUCUACUACUACUACCACCACUACCCGGACGUGGGCACGCACGUGGGCUCGCACGUGGGCACACACUUGGGCACACACUUGGGCACGCACGUGGGCAUGAACGACGACUCGUCUUUGAAUUCGUCCGAUUAG